AUGAAAUCGAGGGAAAGAAGUCGGAGUAAUUCCGCACCUGCAGUUAAUGGAAGCUCAACGUCGCUGCUGGAUUCAACAACAUCUUCUAAGAACGGUAUUAAGAAAACUGAAAACAAGAAACGCAAAUCCACUAGUAUGGGUGAAGAGAAUGGGUCAGGCAAGAGGAAAUCAACGCGUUUGUCAAAACUAGAGCAGAACAAUACUCCUAAGCUUUCGGCGAGCCCGUUGUUGAAGGAGAAUGGGAGAAUAGAAGUUAUUUCCGAUAGCGAGGCAUCACUGAUUUCGUCCGGUCUGGAUACCAAAUUCACGGAGCCCGAACUCGCGCCACCAGCGCCAAGCUAUACUGGCCUACCUUUGGAAGAGUUUCCUUCUGCCAAGAUAAAGAAAGAGUCGCUUUGGCCCCAGAAGUUGAGGCGAGGCAAGGGAAAGGGAACUGCUGAUUCCUCGCGAGAAGUUUCACAAGUUCCUGAAAUUGAUAAAGUCAAGGAGGAAAAAUUGGAAGAACUCUAUAGGUCACAAUUGCAAACACCAAUUACAAGAGACAUCACCAACGAAAGCGAGAUUAGAGAACCAGCAUCACCGACUCCACGAGCGACGUCGAAAAUCACGAAGCUCAAAUUGACGGUACAAACACCCAAACAGCCAACCAACAAAAGAUCCAAUAGAAACACACCCAAAAGUGCACUCAAAAAAUUAAAAAUCACAUCACCAAAGAAAUCACCCAGUACAAAACUACUAGCCCCCAAUACCAAAAUCAAAAAUGAAUUGCAUCUAGAGGAGGACACGCAUAAGGAUAAUGAUGAUUUCUGUUUUGCGUGUGGGCGUCCAGGGAUUUUCAUUUGUUGUGAGUCUUGUCCAAAAUCAUUCCACUUUACCUGUUGCGAUCCGCCAAUGGAAGAACCUCCGGAGGACGAUUGGUAUUGUCAUGAAUGUUUUGCAAAGAGGCACCCACAAUUGGUACCUAAUUGGAAAGAUAUCGGUAUAUUUGGGAAACUAUUGAAUGAAUUGGAGGUUAGAAACCCAAAGGAAUUUCAACUUCCAAAGAACUUGAGAGAACAAACUUUUGUUGGUGUAUAUACAGGUGAAAAUGGGGACUAUGCUGAUGCUACAGAAAAAGAUGACCUACCUUCCAGCAAAAGAAAUGGUCAACAACUUUCCGGAUACAAUAGAAAUGAAGACUUGGAAAUUGAUAGUUUAUACGACGAGCAAGGCAACCCGUACUUGUGCCACAAAUGUGGAGAGUCCGGGCAAAAUCACAGGACAUUGAUUAGAUGUGACUAUUGCCCGCUCAUAUACCACGUGGACUGUCUCCCGUAUCCAAUGUUUGGACCCAAAACAAUUGGAGACAAGUGGAGAUGUCCCAACCAUGUUAAAGACUUGUUGCCGAGGGGUUUACCGGAAUUGAGAGAGUUUAAAGAGACUGAAAUUGUUGAAGGUUCAUUGCAUAGCAAUUUCUUGAAAAUGUUGGCAAUGGAGAGCUUCGUGGUGAAGUUUGAUAACGAUGAGUAUUUCAGAGACGGUUCGAAGCAUCAGAGUUUGGAUGAGGUCGAGGCUUAUUCUGGGAAUGGAAGUAAGUUGGAUGUGCUAGCAUCGUGGGGUGACGACAUGGAUGCAAUACAUCCCAAUUAUAAAACAGCAUCUUGUUUCAAAACGAAGUCCACUCGCAAGGGAGUUUCGGCAAAAGUGUCUACUAACGUGGUGAGCAUACCAAAGACAAGUAAUUCGAGUUUGAUAACGUAUCGAAUACCUGAGCGACUGAUAUUGAUGGACUUUGUUCAAAAAGUCCAAAGCAAAGAGGACAUCCUUGCACUGAAUACCGAGUACGAACUUGCCAAGAGAUUAGAAGAGAACCCCGAGGAGAAGGAGGUUGUUACUGGAUUAAAUUUAAUAAAGGAGAGACAGAAGCAACUAAAUUUGGAUGCUUUACUUCAAGUGGUAAACACGGAAGAACAAAAAACUACAGAAACGCACAAAUUAGCAUCGGAUGAGAUUGACGAGUUGUUGAAAAUUAAGAAGCUAAUGGAGUUGAAAGGACAAGAUGCUUUGCUCAGCUUUUUGAAAGCAAGUUAG